AUAUUGAAGGAAGCAGAGCAGGAAGAGUCAGGCUGCAGCGGGGUGGUGCGGGUCUGGAGCUCUGCAGCGGGUCUGGAGCUCUGCAGCGUGGAUGAGCAGCAGCCAGGCUGCGCAGAGGCGACGAUGAGCCGGACUCUUUAUGUUGGAGACACACGGUCCCAUUUCAAUACUUUAAGUAUUUACUGCUUUCUAAAUAAUAACUUGUUCCAGCAGCGUAGCCGCUGACGCCGAGUUGUCCCGGAGAGACGCGCGUUAAUAACAGUAACAAGCCAAACGGACAAAUGGAGCCAGGGACCUCGCGUGAAAAUCCGACCGACGCGGGGUGCCCUAAACCGGCCGGCGUUCGGGAGGAGACCCCGGGGGAAGAAGCGAGAGGAGGAGGAGCAGGUAGCACCGGGAUGCUGAAGCGGAGAGGAGUGGAUGCAAACACCGAGGAGGUGGAGGAGGAGGAGGAGGAGGAGGAGGAGAAAGCUCCGUGUGGGGAUGAUGCUGAUCACUGCGUUAAAGCCGGAGAGGAAGGAGAUGCUGGUAAACACGAGGAGGAACUAGACCCCAGGAUACAGGAGGAGCUGGAGCAUCUCAACCAGGCCAGUGAUGAGAUCAACAAGCUGGAGCUGCAGCUGGAUGAUGCCAGGUCCAGCUACAGGAGGAUUCUUACCGAUUCUGCCAGGAAGCUCAACGCGCAGGGCUCUCAGCUCGGGGCGUGCAUUGAGAAAGCAAGGCCCUACUAUGAAGCCCGAAGACUUGCCAAAGAGGCCCAACAGGAGACCCAGAAGGCUGCUCUGAGAUAUGAGAGAGCUGUGUCCAUGCAUACUGCUGCCAGAGAGAUGGUGUAUGUGGCUGAGCAGGGACUCUUGGCAGACCGGAACACCAUGGACCCAACCUGGCAGGAGAUGCUCAACCACGCCACUGCCAAGGUGAACGAGGCAGAGGAGGAGCGCCUCCGCAGCGAGCGAGAGCACCAGCGAGUCACACAGCUCUGCCAAGACGCCGAGGCUCGAGUCCAGACCCUCCAGAAAGCCCUGAAGAAGGUCAUCCUGAAAUCCAAACCUUACUUUGAACUCAAGGCUCAGUUUAAUCACAUUCUGGAGGAGCAUAAGGCUAAAGUAGUACAGCUGGAGGGGCAGGUGGCGAAAGUAAAAACGUGUUACUCGGUGGCCCUGCGGAACCUGGAACAGAUCAGCGAGCAGAUCCACGCACAGAGGGGGCGAAUCAGGGCCAGCAGGGGCCGUCCUGCGGUCUGCGGCGGCCGGAGCUCCCCUGUAGGCGCCGAGGCUGAGGUCAGAGCUGCCGUCGGGGUUCACGUCAGCAGCUGCGCGGGAGUCGGCGGCAUAGAGAGCGACUGGGCGGACGGCGAGAAAACCAGGCUGUGGGUGGAGAGGCACAGAGAGAGCGGCUGGGGUCAGAGGGAACGGCUGGAGGUGGAGCAGGCCGGCUCAGACUGCAUGUCAGUCAUCAGCUUGCAGACCAUCGCCUCCGAUCUGGAGAAGUGUGACUCGGUGGAGCACCUGGGCGACCUGAGCGACGUCGGGAGCGUGCUGGGCGAGGAGUGGGACUGCAGGAGGAAGCCCAUGGAGAGGCCAGUCAGCAUCGUGGUGACCGAGGAGCCCCAGCAGGAGACGGACGACCAGGAGAAGGGAGCGGUUAGCAAAGAGAAGCAGGAGAGCUUCGUCAAACAGCACCACAGAAGUGUUAGUCUAUGAUAGUCAGCGGGAGGAAGCUGAUGAGUGUGGAGGAUCACGGCGAGUGUAUGAUGAGGGAUCAGAGAGGAAAUUAGAGGGGAGAGAGAGGAAGUACCACGACUGAGAGGAGUCAGCCGAGCUGGCAGGAAUAUGAGAUGGAGAGGCUGACAGUGAUUGACACAGCGCCACACUGACAGUGCAGUUAGGGGCGGCAGGGAGGGUUGGCAGGUACAUCGGCCGCACACUAAUGAAUCUCUACGUGACAGCAAUAAACAGAGAGCAGUCCUGCAGGAGGCACUGACCUCCCCUCACAUUUGUACCUUGUAUGAUCCGGUCUGUCGCUCCCACAGCCUGAAAAACCUCAACGGAAAGUGCAUGAAACAGGCUGAGGAAUCGAGGCAAACCACGCAAACACGUGCUAGAGUUUUGUGUUUCUCCGUGCUGACAUGAUAUCGACUUAUGUUCUUGCUUUAUGGGUUGGACAAAUGUGCUUCUUGUUCCAGUUUUGGCUUUAUCUCUGCGGUUCUGGACUCCCAUUUCUGCGAGUUAUAUAAUAAGAUUGGCUCCACUAAAGGGGGUUUCUUAUCAUUCGUGAGCAGUGAAGCACGUCCAAGGAGAAAUCAUGAAGCACAUACGUUUGUACUGAGAAAAAAAAAAAAAAAGUUAGGAA